AUGAAUGUGAUCAGAUCGUUAGUGUCAGAGAAUCGAAACCGAUAUAUCGAAAAGGAUGUGAAUCUUGACUUGACCUACAUCACAAGUCGAAUCAUUGCCAUGUCCUAUCCUUCAGAAGGAUUUGAGGGCCUUUACAGGAACCCGCUCAACCAAGUGAAAAAAUUCCUCGAUAGUAAACAUGCAGGCCAUUACAAAGUAUACAACCUCCGUAAAGAAAAGCAAUAUGAUUUGUCCCGUUUCGAGAAUGCUGCCAACUUUCCGUUUCUGGAUCAUCAGGCACCUUCAUUUGAUACACUUGCUGGUUUUUGCAUGGAUGCAUCGGCAUGGCUAGACAGAGAUAAAGAGAAUGUAGUGGUUAUACAUUGUAAAGCAGGUAAAGGUAGGACAGGCACUGUCAUUGCAGCUUUGCUGCUAGAUAUGGGUCAAGCCGACACUGCGCAAGAAGCCAUUGACCUGUAUGGCAAGUACAGGACCAAGAACCAGAGGGGCAUCACCAUUCCUAGCCAAAUCCGCUAUGUGUAUUACUAUGAUUUCAUGAGGAGGAAUAAGCAAUUGUACUAUGAGAACAAGAGCAUCUCUAUCAAAAUAACUCAAAUGGUGAUACACGAUCUUCCAGAGAGUCUAAAGCACAAUAAGGCAUUCGAUUUACGAGUAUCCAAUACAGAUGAUGCAACAAUCUAUCAGACAUCUUCUGGUCAGGCAAGUAAUAAUGUAUAA